GUGAACCAAAAAAGAGUCAAAACAUUGCCUGUAAAUUUCUUACGUCCUCGAGAUGGUGGUCAAAAGUUGUUCAAGGAGAAAAUGUCCUAUGAACACUUAUACAACAGCAGAGUUGAUCCUAAUUACCCAAUUAGAGGAAAGAGACACGGGUCAUUUGUCUGGGAUCAGAUGUCUUCUGAAGCAACCAAGAAUUUUGUAGACAAGUACAGGGUCAUUUCUGCAGAGGAAGGAGCUAGGCGUCAACAAAUCUCUGAGGCUGAAAACCUUGCAAAUGAAGCUGCAAAUCUCCUUGAAUCUACCCAGCAGGCGUUAAGUGCGAUCCCUGGUCAAGGUCAGGGUCAAGGUCAUGGAAACCAAAAUCAAGGUCAAGGACAAUCAGCCCCUGAUGUGAGCAGUCAGUCUCUUGGUGAAUCCGUUCAAGUAAACAACAACAAUGUACAAGAGGUACCACCUGUCUCUUCAAAGGAAGAAAAUGCUACAAAGUCCAGCAAAGCCUCACCAAAACAGUCCACUACUGCUUCAAAGAAAGGUACUCCAGCCCCUUCAGGUCAAAAUUCACCAAAACGGCCUGGAUCAAGAAAAAAAUCAUCUAAGCGUUGUUCAGGAAAGAAAGAAUCAUCAAGAAAAAGUUCAGUUUCAAAUGAGCAAAAGCCAGUACAAAAGGACGUUCAGAAUAAUGAAGUCACAGACAAUGCAUUUGAUAGAAGUUCAUAGGAUAAUGUCAUGUCCUAUUUAAACAGUAAUUGUUUGUGGAACUUUUUUCUUGUUAUUGUUAUUGGAGUUUAGGUGCUCUUUGGCAUAUUCUCUAAAUGUGUAAAAUGUUCUCCUUUUUGCCUUAUCUGACUGACUUUCUGUGCCUUAAGUUGGAUAAUUAUGCUAUUAUAAAUGUUUUGGUGAACAGUUUUCUUUUAGCUGUCUAUUUUAAUUUUAGAAUUUUCAUUCCUUGUCAAAUAAUUUUCUAUGUUUUGUUAGAUGAACAUGGAUUUUCUGCCUUUAAUGAAAAAGUCACAAACGCAUAUCAGUUCUUCCUCUUGAGAACUGUUAGAUGAACAUGGAUUUUCUGCCUUUAAUGAAAAAGUCACAAACGCAUAUCUGUUCUUCCUCUUGAGAACUGUUAGAUGAACAUGGAUUUUCUGCCUUUUAUGAAAAAGUCACAAACGCAUAUCUGUUCUUCCUCUUGAGAACUGUUAGAUGAACAUGGAUUUUCUGCCUUUAAUGAAAAAGUCACAAACGCAUAUCUGUUCUUCCUCUUGAGAACUGUUAGAUGAACAUGGAUUUUCUGCCUUUAAUGAAAAAGUCACAAACGCAUAUCUGUUCUUCCUCUUGAGAACUGUUAGAUGAACAUGGAUUUUCUGCCUUUAAUGAAAAAGUCACAAACGCAUAUCUGUUCUUCCUCUUGAGAACUGUUAGAUGAACAUGGAUUUUCUGCCUUUUAUGAAAAAGUCACAAACGCAUAUCUGUUCUUCCUCUUGAGAACUGUUAGAUGAACAUGGAUUUUCUGCCUUUAAUGAAAAAGUCACAAACGCAUAUCUGUUCUUCCUCUUGAGAACAAACUGCUUUUUGUUGAUUCUGCUUUAAUUUUCUUCUUUUUACUUUUUCAAAAUUCAAAAAUUAAGCUUAACAAUAAUUUGGUCUUUUGAAACACUUUGUAAUGGCUUUUAAUGGAAAAACCCUGUUUCAAUAAAAUUAAACAUGCAUGCAAAUGUGUGUAGUGACUUCAUAUCAUUCUGUGAGCGUUAUAACUGUUUUCUUUUCAAGCUAUGGGUAUUAUCUACUGCCAUUGGAACCUGUUUGCUUUAUACAUCAUAAGUGUCUUAAACACUAUAUUGAUUAUUUCGUAUUUGUUCACUUGAACACUUGAAAAUACUUUUAUUAUUUGAUACAUCUGUGGUCAUAAGCUAUCUUUUGUUUUUAUUAUUAUGCAUUUUCUUAUAAAACCGAAUUAUAAAAUGUCAAAAAAUCAUGUGCCAAGCUUCAAAAGCAUUUUUCCAUUUAUUGUUGACACAAGUUAUGAAAUUUUACCACAUAAUUUUAAUGACAGUAUUAUUUAUUAAAAAGAAUGAAUUCAUUUUACCUCUAGCAUUAUUACAGAUAAAAGCAUUAGAAAGAUGUUGUGAAAUUCAGCACAAGAAAUAUUACAGUGAAAUGCAUAAAAAACAAGUCACUGGUAUUAUAACAGAGAAAAGCAUUAGAAAAAAGUUACUAUAAUAUUACUGUGAAAUGCAUUAG